AUGCGAAAUCAGUACAUGGAGAAGAUUGGGAAUCAGUUCCCUAUCACAACAAAACGUUUCCUUAGUGGAGAAUAUCCGGGAAACUUGCCCAAAUUUCGGCGAAAAAAUACCGAGCUCACUGCCAACACAUCAUUUAAUCCACCAGAGCCACCAAAAGAUCACUGGGGACUCAAUACACCGUUGCCGGUGUACUCGACAAAGUAUACGUUGAGGAGGAGAGAUGGUGUGGUCGAAGUUUGUGAUGAACACGGAAAGCUCAAACCUGAACUGGCCGAAUUUUACGUCUCAAAGGACAAAUUCCUAACUGACACGGAGCGACUCACACAAAUGAUUGUCGAUGGACCAUUAAAAUCGUUCUGCUACCGACGUCUGUCAUAUCUUCAAAAUAAAUUUCAACUUCACGUUCUACUCAACGAACUUCGCGAAUUACACGAGCAAAAAGCUGUUUCGCAUAGAGACUUUUAUAAUAUCAGAAAAGUUGAUACCCACAUUCACGCUGCGUCAUCAAUGAAUCAGAAACAUCUGCUUCGAUUCAUCAAGAAGAAGAUAAAGACGGAAGCAAACACCGUGGUACUUGAAAACAACAGUAAACCGAUUACGAUGAAGGAAGUAUUCAAGAAGAUGGGAAUUGAUGCGUACGAUUUAUCCGUAGACAUGUUGGAUGUGCAUGCCGAUAGAAAUACAUUCCAUCGAUUCGACAAGUUCAAUACAAAAUAUAAUCCUGUUGGCGAAUCUACCUUACGUGAGAUCUUUAUCAAAACAGACAAUUAUGUCCAGGGCAAGUAUUUUGCAGAAGUUCUGAAGGAGGUACUAUCUGAUCUCGAAGACUCAAAAUAUCAACAUGCGGAACCUCGUUUGUCGAUCUAUGGUCGUAGUAAG